GGAGCACAGGUAUAUCGAAACACAACAUAAACCAGUGCCCCCCCGAAGUACAGCGGACCGGGGGCCUUCGUCAGCGAGUAACACUACUUGCACGACCAGUAUAGCGGUUGUGCGUGCUGAUAUCGUACCGGCAUCGUCUUCAUAGCCAUAGUCCUCGCAACCUUCACAAAACCACUUCUUGUAUACCUUCCUCUCGUUCGCGGAGGAUCUUUUUGUGCCGAAGAUAUUUUUUUAUUUAUUUUUUUUAUUUUGUUCGUCUCGCGGUGCGAUUGUGCGGUGCUUUCUGCCAAUUCUCUAAUAGUGCAAUUUUUUUUUCUAAGUGAUUUAUGUUACUCGGAGGAUUAGCCGAUUCCCGGGCUUUCGUGUCUCUUUCUGGCGACGAAUGUAAAAUAAGGAUAAUGCUGGAUGGCUGUUGAUGAUGGUCGGCUAAAACGUGAGGCUCGGAUGUGUGCGCAAUUAUGGUUCCAAAUAGAAAUCCAUCCAUCGGAUCCAUAAUGAGCAUCGUGGAGUUCAGGCGAUUCGAUAUUGCUGCGGCAGAUCGGAGCAGAGGUGUUGCUCACCAAAAUCAACUAGACACCUAGUGCUCACGACGCCAUGAAGCCCAUAACAUUCGAAAACCUCCGCCGAUUAGUCGGCGGGGGUAGAAAGAAAAAAGACAAGGAAUCGUCGUUCAAAAGGAGCGAUUCUUUCAAACGGAUAUCGAUUCGCCGGAGUUACUUGGAUCGCGGCAAGAAGAAGCACAUAUCGAAGUUGGAGGUGUCGACCCAGACUUUGCCCGAGGACGAGGAGGAGUACGCCGAGCCGAAGAAGGUGUUCUGCUCGUCGAUGCAGAUAGAGAAACGCGACGUCGGAGUCGCCACGAACGAUCUCACAAUCAAAAACGAAACAAAGUGCAAUAAUAAGUACAAAGUGGAGCAGCAAAGUAAAACCGGCCCGGGUCAGAGUGUAAUAGCGUACGGUCAAUGGCUGAGGGGCAUCAGGAAAGAUCAUCCGAUUUCCAAUCCUACGGGCAUUAAAGGUUCCGAAAGGACCAUCAUUUACGUGCCAGCUUCCGACGAAGUAUCCGCUCCUCCUGUUAUAAGACAAUUGUCUUCGUCGCCGGUGCUAAGGAGAAAGUCUCCGAAUUUGAAAAACAAAUCCAAGCAAAAAAGUCCCAAUUUGCAAAGGAAGGAAAGCAACGAUUCGGCCGUUGAAAUGUUCCCUUGGGGAGACAGUACUGAUAUAAAAAAAUCUCCCUUGGUCAGAAGAAGAUCGAAGCAAUCUUCUGCUCCUCUCAUGCCUGACGCCAGUACCGAAGAAUUGUGUUCGUUAUCUAUUAGUUUAGGAAGGAUAUGGAUGGACGCUCCUCCUGGAAUGGCGCCGAGAAGUUUGGAAUUACCCAAAGCGCCCGGACCUCCUGUACCGGCUCACCACUCUUUGGAUAGCGCUUUAAAGGAUUUAAGAGACGAUCCCAUUGUUAUAAAUCGUUUACAAAAAAGACCUACUCCACCGGUGGGGAGGACGUUAUCGUCUACUAGUAACACGACUGCAUCGACGGGACUGUUCUCCAGCAAGGAUUCCGGAUUUUCGUUUUCAAUUUCCGCUCCUAAACUCAGCGAUUUCCAUUCCAAUUUCGUACCAGUAGCUUCUAAGGGUUUGUUCAGAAAGAAAAGACCGAAGCCAAAGUUGUCGGUUAGUAGGGACGGUUAUUUCAAACGGACUAGUGGUGCUUUAGUUGUAGAUACGAAAAGAAGCUCGGUUCGGCGAAGAAAUAGCGGCAAAAAGCGUAAUAAAAAGAAGAAAAGCAAAGAAACCGGAUCGGUCAGGAGCGAUUUGUACCAAGUAAUCGUCAGCAGACCGUCGAAGUCUCUGCGCGCCCUAAAAUUAGAUCCGAUGAUAUUCGUGCCGCCGGAAAAGCGGAAAAGCGUCAGCCGGAAGCCGUCUUUCAAAUACGGAUUGAACGAAAUCCGAAAUUUAAGUCCGUUGGACAAUAGCAUAUACGCCAGCAGGAGCGCUUGCAGUACGGACGAAGGUUUGUACGAAAGUCUACCGGGCGAUUAUGAUUACAUGUCGGACGAGCACAAUCUCCCUUACAACGUGUCGCGUUUGAGCCUCACCAACGACGAAUACGAGAACUUCGCCUGCGGUUCGCCCAUAUCGGGCAAAUCGACGGCUAGUGUUGUGGUCAGUGAUAAUACUAAUGAUAGUUCUAAGAGUGAAAACCACUACGUACCUCCGGGUGUUUCUCCAGUGCCAAAAAGGAAGCCAGUCAGACAGAAAAAGACGGGCCUAGCUCACAAACGUAGCAUCACGUACGUGGUCAAACCGACGAUUAUUAGAGCUCCAUCGACUCUACGAAGACCUACGAAAAAAGAUUAUUGGCAUUCCUUGGACCGACCUUUAAAAGUUCCUCCAACUCCUCGCUGUGGACGCGCAUACAUUUUAUGGUUGCCCAUCGAGCAGAAGAGGCUGCGGGGCCUCGACGCAACCCAGCAGAAGAACUCCUCUCGAAGGCAUCACGAGGUCACGUUGAGCGUGUCUGCAUCGGCGUCGAGCGCCUUCUCUCUUCGUAAUAAGCAUCACGAUCACUGCGGGUGGCGCAACAUCAGCGCUACAUUCUUCUACGUCCGGUCCGGCGUUGGACGUACGAAACACGUAGCGCGGAUACGGAAAAAGCGACGCCGAAAUAUUAUAUUUACGGGGCGCGCCAGGUGCUGGGGAAUCGGCGGAUUUCUUGGACUGGGGCAGAAGUAA